UCAUGUGACGAUAAUCGUUUGUGUGAAGUGUGAUAAUCAGUCACAAAGAGUCAUGAAUUGCUCUGUUGAGAGGGAUAUACAUUAUACAAGACAAUGCAAAUGUGAUGUAAUGUAUGUACAAUAAUUGUGUUGUGCUCUGUGCUCCCUACCCACUGCUUUUGGCAAGCGUGACGUCACAUUUCAAGGCAGUUGGUUGAGCUGGAGGUAGAGGAGGAGACGAGCAACCCAGCGAGUUGAAAAAAAGAAGAAAAAAAAGAUAACCAAUCGUAUUGGUUUUUAAACGUCAACUUUUAGACCUCGAAAGUGAAUAUCGAAGACUAUUUUUGCAAAUUCCCGAGCUGAUAAUCAGAUUCAACUGGAGAAACCACCAAGAAGGACUCCAUGAAAAAUGACGGAGGAGGUGAUAGUUAUAGCCAAGUGGGACUACUCGGCUCAGCAGGAACAGGAACUUGACAUCCGGAAAAACGAGCGGCUGUGGCUCCUGGAUGACAGCAAGACGUGGUGGAAGGUGAGGAACACCUCCAACCGGACCGGCUACGUCCCCUCUAACUAUGUGGAGAGGAAAAACAGCUUAAAGAAGACCUCGCUGGUGAAAAACAUCAAAGACACACUCGGCCUGGGGAAGACGAAGAGGAAGACGAGUGCCCGCGAUGCCUCGCCAACGCCCAGCACGGACGCAGAGUACCCGUCCAAUGGUGGCGGAGGUAGCAGCGCCGAGCGUAUCUACGACCUCAGCAUCUCAGCCCUGGUCAAGUUCGCCUACGCGGCGGAGCGGGAAGACGAGCUGACACUGGUGAAGGGGUCAAGGGUCAUUGUCAUGGAGAAGUGUAGCGACGGCUGGUGGCGAGGGAGUUCUGAAGGUCGGGUAGGCUGGUUCCCCUCUAACUAUGUCCUGGAGGAGGGAGAGGAGGAGGCCGUCUCGGGGGACCUAAGCGGAGGUUACCCAGGGCAGGGGGCAGGGUCGGCAGGGGUGAUCAACGGGACCACCAGGGCGCUCCACACUGUCCAGACGCUGUACCCUUUCAGCUCUGUGACAGACGAGGAGCUAAACUUUGAAAAGGGCGAAGUGAUGGAGGUGCUGGAGAAACCGGAGAACGACCCUGAGUGGUGGCGGUGUCGGAACGCCCGUGGACAGGUGGGCCUGGUGCCAAAGAACUAUGUGGUUAUACUUAGCGACGAUCCGGCCCCCGAGGGUGGCAUGGGCUCGGGCCCCCACUCGCCCCAGAUCAACUACACAGGGCCGGCCCGCGUGGGAAAGUUUGCCGGGAAGGACUGGUACUAUGGGGGAGUGACCAGGCAUCAGGCAGAGUGUGCGCUCAACGAGAGAGGAGGUCAGGGAGACUUCCUGGUCAGAGACAGCGAAUCAUCGCCCAGUGAUUUCUCUGUGUCCCUCAAGGCGAUGGGAAAGAACAAGCACUUCAAGGUAGCGCUGGCGGACGGGGUCUACUGUAUCGGCCAGAGACGCUUCAGCAGCAUGGACGAACUGGUGGAGCAUUACAAAAAAGCCCCGAUCUUCACCAGCGAACAUGGAGACAAACUCUAUCUGGUCAAACCGCUGCUGUGACCACACACACACACAUGCUCGCAAACAUUUGCAUACACGCACACUCACACACACAAUCCGGACCCCGGUGCUCGGCCUGGCCUAACAACAAGCCUUAUUACAGGACUUGCCACUGACUGAUUUUAGCACAGCAAUAUCCACUGGUCUGCCCAUGCCCCUUCAAUACAACAGUUAGCACAUAGAGAGACUCAAAUGGUACAUGUUGGCCACCGUAGCUCAGAUUCCUCUCACAAUAGUGACAUCGAGUCCUGUCCAGAAGUGUCCAGAGAACGCCUUCACUAAGGGAUCGUCUGUAAGCAUCUGCUCUUGGCCUUGGCUGACAACUCCACCUCCUAGUAAAGCCCUGCCGGUGCCUCUAGGUUUUAGGAGUGAGCACGGAUGGGGAUUUACAGUCAAUGGUUCCGUCACAACAGCUACAUACACCAUGAACGUGAAUAUUUAAUGUGUUGACAUUGACAUCACAUUAUCACUGGAGACCUUCUGAUUUUUUUUUUUUGGGGGGAACAAACGGGAGGAGAGAAACAGCUCUUCUCUUUUUGCUCGUCUCCAGUAGGUGUUGUUGCUUUGUCUGUCGUUAUCGAGAGUAGUAUUACGUUUCCAUAAAGACUGUUGUACCAGAAAGAAAGGCACCACAACUGGCACUGCAUUUACCAGAUAAGGAAAGGACGCCCUCUGUAGGUGUAUUGUGGAAUGGACACUGUCAGUAAGCUGUGUUGAAUGUCCGUGGAUGUGUACCAGCCACACCCUCAUACUGCUCAAAUGUUCCCCCGAACGCUCUCUUCGAAUCCACCGCUCUCCUCAGCGUCCGGGUGAAAACGUCGCUGGCCGAGGACGGAGACUCAAGAGCGAUAGGAAAACGUUUUGUGGGGUUGUCUGUUUGCCAGUGAAAGUCUGUUCAACAUUUUGUUUCCUGCUUUUAAAAAAAGAAAAACUGUCUUAAUGUUACUGAGCACUGUUAUUUAAAUCUUGUUUUCAGCUCUGUAUGUAUAUUUAAAAAGAAGAAUAAGGUGAAUAUUAUAUGAAUUUAGAUACAGCUAAAAGGUACUGUACUCCAAGACGGUGUGGUGACUGAGGAAUGAAAUACUUUUGUUCAAUUAAAAGUUUUUCCAAAAUAA